AUGCUGACAUGGAACAUGUUAGAGUAUCUGCUGUACCUGCUAGUGCCGGUGUUGCUCCUGCGAUACUUUGGCGGCCGGGGCAGCCGGGGUGGCGGGCUGGUGCGGGACCGCAGGCGGACGCUCACUGACUACGUUGUUUACAGCAGCCUGCUAUUAACAGGAGCACUCUACCUGUACACGGCAGUGUAUAUGCGGCCUCCAAACAUCUUCAAGGAGCUCGGGGUGACAUCACGGACGCCGUGCUAUGUUCUGCGGAAGCGGCUAGGCCACCUGGCGCAGCAGCGCCCUUGGACAGUGCCAGACACGGGCAUACCGACGCAGCAGCAGAAAGCACGCAGCGACUUUGCGCGGCUCCCGUACUACCAGAGCAGCCAGUACGGGCAGUGGGACUUUCUGGUGGACCGGUUCUGCCGCUUCGACAGUGACCGGAUAUUGUAUGCACGGAUGGGCCAGUCUGUGUAUCUGGAGGCCGGGGCGUUUGGCGAGCGCGGCAUGGACGUAUUAGAGACGGCCGGGCAUGGCGUGCUGGCCGGUGUUCCGGAUGCCAUGCAUGUGGUAAGGGCGGUGGCACUGCAGCUGGCGGCGUAUCUGCCGGUGCUGGCGGUGGCAGGGGCUGCGACCCUACCGGUGAUGGCCACCAGGCGGGCGCCGUCGCGACCGGCAUGGCGUGUGUGGGCGGUGACGCUCGCCGGCGUUCUGUGGGCUGCCGAUCUAUAUGCAUUGCUGUCGGGGGCAGACGGCGCGCUGCUGCUGAGCCCAGACGGCUACGCGGCGUCGGAGUUCUACCAUGACGCGGCUACGUAUACGCGGCUUCUGCUGCUGGGUCUCUGCUGUCUGGUAUUCCUGGCCAUGGAUCUGGUGAUGGCGGGCCGUGAGACCGACGUGCAGCUGCUGCGCGAGUGCAAUAAGGAACUGGCAGGCGUCCUGGCGCUGACCAAGAACCACACGAUGCUGGAGACCGCAGUGAUGCUGGACACGCCAUUGCGCGAUCGGCUGGCGGCGCUGUGGCGGCGGGAGGAGAAGGCGCGCCAGAGUGUGUUUGCUGACAAGGAGUUUGGCGAAAAGUAUCGGCUGGAGGUCGAGCGCACGCGCAGCCAGCGGUGGGUGGAUCAGGCCCGCGGAGCGGCAGGGCGCAGUCUCGGGCUGGAGGAAUAG